AUGAAACGAGUACGAUUUCCCAGCGGGAUGGAGCGUCGAAAGUCCUCUACUCCUCAUUACCAUACCUUUCCUACCCCGCCACCUAAAUCUCGCGGCAGACCUCCAAUUAUAUCAGAAUCUUCAUCUGGCCGAGAUGGAUCUGCGAAUCCAAAUUCGAAUGAAGGAGAGCACGAAGACGAACAUCAUCAAUCUCCUCUGCCAAAGAAACAACUUGCCAUAUUGGCAGUCAUUGCACUCGCCGAACAGACCGCGUUGAAUUCGAUAUCUCCAUACCUACCCCAAAUGACCUCCAAAUUUCCCGAAGUUGAUCCCAGUCAAAUAGGAUUGUAUGUAGGAACUAUCGCAUCGAGUUUCGCUCUCGCGCAAUUCACGACGAAUUUUUUCUGGGGUUGGUUAUCUGAUCGAAUAGGGAGGAAGCCGGUGGUGAUGCUUGGGACUCUCUUGACAUCAGCGUGCUUUGUGGCAUUUGGAUUCUGUAGGACAUUAUGGCAGGCGGUACUGGUACAGGCGCUUAUGGGCAUGGUCAAUGGGAAUCAAGGGGUGAUAAGCACAUGUUUGGGCGAGAUUACGGAUCGAAGUAAUCAGAGUAAGGCAUUUGUCUAUCUGCCAGUCAUAUAUGGAAUUGGAGGAAUAACAGGACCUGCGUUGGGUGGAUUGUUGAUUUUCGAAGAGAAUCCAUUCAACAAGGGAUACCCAAAUCCUUAUCCAUAUUUGCUGCCGAAUUUGUUUGCGGCAUCGAUAUUACUCCUUGACUUGGUUUUGACGGGCAUUUUCCUCGAAGAAAGUCUAGAAGAAGCAAAGGAUCUUCCACCUUUGAAGCAUCGAAUGAGAAGCCUUUUCACAUACAUGUGGCAAUUCACAGGAGGAGCUCGACAUCCAACUUAUACACGGAGUCCCUCUCGACGCGCACUUCUUCAUGAUUCCGAUGAUUCUGAUGAUGAAGGUUCCGAAACCUCCUCGCUUCUCUCAAUGGCAGACUUUUUUCACUCAUCCAAUGAAGCUCAACUUACCUACAAAGAAGUUCUCAACCGCGACACUAUGUUACUUCUCGGUACGUAUCUUAUCUUUCAACUUUCCAACAUCUCUUUCAAUUCCCUCUACCCCAUCUUUGCAUCAGCACCCGAGCGUACUGGACGAGGGCUUUCUCCAUCCGAAAUCGGUCUUUCUCUCUCCUUCGCAGGAGCGGUUACAAUUGUCUUCCAAGUUUGCAUUUUUGGCAAACUCAAGGAAAAAAUGGGAAACAAAGCGACUUAUAGAGCAGGGCUAUUACUCUUCUUCAUCUCCAUGAUGCUCAUGCCUUGGAUAGGAUACAAAGACUCUCCUGCCCUUUUCGGUAUCGGAAAUGGUAAAUUAUGGCUAUGGGUUGAACUUGGUCUCGUCUUAUUGAUCAAGACCGUAGCUGCAGUGGGAGGCUUAACAAGUGCACUGUUGCUGAUUACAAAUUCUGCGCCUAACCAUGGCGUCCUGGGUACAUUGAACGGUUUAGCACAGACUUUGAGCGCAGCAGGAAGAGCGGCGGGACCUUUUCUAAGCGGAGGUUUAUUUACUUUGGGAACAAGGAUCAAGAAUGGAGAAUUUCUCGCCUGGGGCGUUUUCGGUGGUAUCGCUUUGGUGGGAUUCGCUUUCAGUUGGGGAAUUAGAGGAAAGGAUCUCGAGAGUGAGAAUUGGAGCGAGGAGGAUGAAAGCGAUGAGGGAAGUGAGAGUGGGAGUGAUAGUGGAAGUGGAAGUGAGGCGGAUGUAGAGGCAGGACGUCGAUAA